GACUUCAGGUGAUCCACCUACCUUAGCCUCCCGAAGUGCUGGGAUUACAGGUGUGAGCCACCCUGCCCAGCCAAAUAUACAUAGUUUUACAGUCAAUUUAGAAUUAAUGUUUUGCCAUUUCAAGUAGCAUGUAGAAACCUUACUACCAUCUAGGUCCCUCCACCCUUCUCCCGUCACGUUUUAGUUGUCUUACAUCUAUAUACACUGAAGCCUCCAGACAGUGUCGUGACUUUUAAUUCAGCCAUCACAUAACUCUUAAAAAAGUCAAUAGUUUCAUAUUUAUGUGGAUUUUUGCCAUUUAUGAUGUUCUUCUUGCAUUCCCAAAGUUUUGAAUUUCCCCCAAUAUCGUUUCUCUUCUGUCUGAAGAACUUCAUUUAACAUUUUUUUAAAGCAGAUUCUUUGGUUAUGAAUUUCCUCAGCUUGCCUUCAUUUGAGAAUGUCUUUAUUUUACUUCAUUCUUUAUUCCAGUAAAAUAGUAUUUUUACUGGAUGUAGAAUUCUUGGGUGACAAUUAUUUCAAAACUAAAAAUAUUCCACUUCUUUCUGGCCUCUGUUGUUUCUGGUGAAGAUCUGUAGUCUUUCAAAGAAUUGUUCACCUGUAUGAAAUGUAUCAUUUUUCUCUGUCUGGUCUUAUUUUUCUUGGUCUUUAGUUUUCAGAAGCUUCUUUAUUAUGUGUCUAAGCUUGGACUUUUGUUGUUAAUUUAUCCAGUUGUGUGGUUCACUGAGCUUCUUGGUUUGUAAGUAUAUCUUUUUCCAAACUAUCAUCAAAUUUACGGGCUCCAUCCUUUGUCAUUUCCAUUCUGUUUAGGAAUAUUCACCAAUACUUUCUGAAGGCUGGUUAUAAAUAGCUGCUGUAAAGUCUGCUUCUGAUCAUUCCAAUAGUUGAAUCAUCUCAGGAUGGGCAUGUAUUGAUUGUCUUCUUUUCUCCCAUGUUGAGAUUUUCCUGGUUUUCAUGCUCUGGGUUAUUUUGGGUUAUAUCCUGGAUAUUUUUAAUAUUGAGACUCUGGACCUUGUUUAAAUCCUAAGCAGAAUGUUGAUUGUUUAAAAUGUUUGCACUACUAGUCAUAUUAGUCCUGUGUCUACACCUGUCAGUCUGGGACCUGCGAUGCGCAUCUAGGGUGAGCCCUGUGCGCAGCCUGGCAGCAAGCCGAUGAGUUCACGUAUCACUUUACUGGAUCGCUCACUUCAUCUCUCCCUUCUCUGUACUCUCCCUGAAACACAACAGCUCCCUGCGACAUCCCUUGCAAGACCUCCAGCCAGAAAUCUGGGGCUCUUUCCCUACCCUUCUGCAUACUCCCUGAAACUGCAUCCAGGGCCCAGCGCAGGGGGACAGAAAGGAGCCGCAGAAGGCGGUUGCCCCAUGCUCUUGGGGCCAUGGCUCCUCUAGUCAGAGGGUAGCAUUACCUUCUCAGGUUUCAGGUGCCUACCCAGCUCACACUACCGUCACUAUGCCACCACUGCCACCUCCAUGUUACUGCCCAGGAGCUGGGGUAGAGAAGAAAGGAAAAAUUGGAGGGAUUCCCCCAACUCGCUGACCUUGAGGGGCUUCACAUCCCACUCCUCUGAUGCUUCCUGGAGCUCUUUCUGUUGGUGCACUUCAGGUUUCAAGCCGCCUGUGUGUCCAGGCUAGGCAAUACUGGUUACCUCACCACUUAUCUGCGGAACUUUGGUCUCCUUUUCUCAUCUGCCUACUACUCCCUCAGAGCUGCUCCUGCAUCUGUCCAGGAUUGGUGGCUGUCAGUGGGAGAGACAUGGGAAGAUGCUCCCUCCACCUUCCUGGGACCACCUUGUUGACUCAGCAGCCUUCCUCGCCGCACAGCAUGCCAUGCCUUCCUGGAUGGAGGCCCUGAGGGCAGCUUUUGGUUUUCCUACCCCUGUACCCCUCCAAGAAAGCUCUGGCACACUGCAGAGGCCAGCAACUACUUGUCGAAUGAAUCAAAGGAGCGUCAAGCCAGGGCCAAGGGUCAGAAGCAGGGGCUUGCUUCCCCGGAGCCCAGCUCUUCUCUGGGCUCCCCUUUCCUUUUUGACACCUCCUGCUUGGUUGGCAGUGAGGUCUCCCACGUCUGGGGGAUCCUUGCCCCUGCUUCUGCACCCAGCCCUGGCUAAGCGGCCUUGUUCUAUCAAAGCUGUCGGGAUCUGCAGAGUGCUCAGCUUCUACUCCCGCUCCUACACAGCUGCAAGUGGCUUGAAAAUAUAUGACCAUGCUUCAACGUCUCCAGUGAUUCCCACUGUGUUGGGACACAAAGCCCACCUCUCUGCCAUGUGCCCCUGAUGGUCGCUGCCCCAGCUUGUUUCCUUUCUGUAGGGCUUGGGUCUUUGCCAACCCCUCUACCUGGAUUGCUCUCCCUGUAAGACUCAUCAUAGCUGAGGCCUUUGCACUCCGCUCCUUCCACUCACAUGUCACCUCAGGGUUGUCCGUGGCCUCUCCUUUCCCAUCUCUCCCAGUACAUUAUGGUCUUUCCUUCCUAGCGUCUGGUGGUAUCUAUGGUAGGCAUGUUUAGCUGCUGGUACAAUCCCUCCUUCACGGAAAUAUGGGCUUCAUGUCUGGCCCCUGUGGGACUGCCAGAGCCUGGUCCUCAGUCAUGUUUAGUUGGGCUAGUGAGUCAACUCUUUUGGUCAAAGGGACAAAAGAAGAUGAGGAGAUGUGGCUUUAAUCAGGACCAGUGUGGAACAGUGAGACCUGCGCAUGGCACUGCUAGGAGGGAUAGGUUCUACCUGCCAGCCUUGGGGCUCCUGGCAGCCGACAGGACCUGCCCACUGAGACUUGUGUGCCAACCUUUGGGUACAGAGCCUUAGCUUCACAGGCCCCAAGCCAGGAGCCCCUCCUCAGGUGAGCCAGCAGGGAUGGAUGAAGGCCUGUCAAGGGUUUCUUGCACACUCAGAUCCAAGUCUCAGAGUGGUGGUCUCUCUGCUGGCCUCCCACCCACACUCUCCUGUUAUCAGAAGUGUGGCAGGUGACAGUGUGGUCACUGGGGUGGGAGGAUGUGGGAGGCCCUGGAUGGGGCCCAUGCCCAAGGGUCUAGCCAAGGCCUCUUCAUUAGGGCCCCAACUGUGACUUUAUUACUCAUAGUCUCUUCCCUGCCCUGGUGGCCCUCAUCCCCCAAACCUGAAUGCAGAAGUCUUGGUCCUGGACUCAAAUCCAUGCCACUCUUCAGCCUAUGCUGUGGGUUCCUAAGCUGAGCAUUUACCUAACAAUCAAGACUUCUGACAGUCCUCAGUCCUACCCCCAAACCCUCUUGGAUUUCUUUUUCAAGGUGGUUUCAGCUAGGAGGGUAAGCAUGGCUUGGGUGAGAACAGAUAGGGUGGGAGCAUGUGGCAGGUAUGGAUGAGACCUUGACAAAGGGACCCCAGAUGAAAGACGGGGACCCUUUCUCCCUUUGUCCUGGAAACCCAGCUCAGCCCCAGCCCUUGCCCAUGCUGCUGUUGCUGCCUGGUACCUUCCACAAGGCCAGACUCCUCUCCGCAAAGCUGUGGCCUGCACCAGCUCCUCUGACUCUCCUUCUCUGCCUGCUGAGGGCCCCCUCCCAGCCUGGCUGUCAAUCACAGGAGAAAGGGGUUGGGAUUUUGUUUGUCCCUCUCCCUGAGCAGAGAAUGGCUGAUGCGGCCACCGAGCCUUGACCUGGAGAGCCCCUCUGUCCCUGCUGCCCCCGUCUCCCCUAGCCCAGACUUCUGCCCUUCACGCCCAUCCCUGACCAGCAGCCCCACUCAGCCUGGGCUCUGGGUGCCAGCUGGUUAUGGACAUGCCACCUCAGCCCAGGCCAGGAGCUGGUGGAUGCAUAGGGCUAUUUUAAGCACAGCUUCUUGGCCUGCUCCCCUGGCCCCCAGCCCCCAGCAGCUCAGCUACUGGUCACCUGCCACCGCCUGGAAUGCUGAUUGGCAGUUGGCUGGGGUGGGGGCUGGGAAGACACUGUUAAUAAAGCUGGGAGUGUAGGGAAGCAGCCGUCCCCAUCCGGAGUCCUCUGUGGUCCCUGCUGCCACCAUGGCCACCCACCGCCUUGUGAUGGUCCGGCACGGCGAGAGCACAUGGAACCAGGAGAACCGUUUCUGUGGCUGGUUCGAUGCAGAGCUGAGUGAAAAGGGGGCCGAGGAGGCCAGGCGGGGAGCCAAGGCCAUCAAGGACGCCAAGAUGGAGUUUGACAUCUGCUACACGUCGGUGCUGAAGCGGGCCAUCCGCACCCUCUGGGCCAUCCUGGAUGGCACGGACCAGAUGUGGCUGCCUGUGGUGCGCACUUGGCGCCUCAACGAGCGGCAUUACGGGGGCCUCACAGGCCUCAACAAGGCGGAAACGGCCGCCAAGCACGGGGAGGAGCAGGUGAAGAUCUGGAGGCGCUCCUUUGACAUCCCGCCGCCCCCCAUGGACGAGAAGCACCCCUACUACAACUCCAUUAGCAAGGAGCGUCGGUACGCAGGCCUGAAGCCCGGGGAACUGCCCACCUGCGAGAGCCUCAAGGACACCAUUGCCCGGGCCCUGCCCUUCUGGAACGAGGAGAUUGUUCCCCAGAUCAAGGCCGGCAAGCGAGUGCUCAUUGCAGCUCACGGGAACAGCCUGCGGGGCAUUGUCAAGCACCUGGAAGGGAUGUCAGACCAGGCAAUCAUGGAGCUGAACCUGCCCACGGGGAUCCCCAUUGUGUAUGAGCUGAACAAGGAGCUGAAGCCCACCAAGCCUAUGCAGUUCCUGGGUGAUGAGGAAACGGUGCGGAAGGCCAUGGAGGCUGUGGCAGCCCAGGGCAAGGCCAAGUGAGGGGUUGGGCUUGGGCAAUAAAGGCACCUCCUCCCACA